AUGUCCGACGAGCAAGUCAUACUCCCCAUCAUCGACUCCCACAUUCACCUCUACCCAGCGUCCGAAACCGACUCCCUCGCUUGGUACACCCCCGAUGGCCCUCUUGCCGGCCAACGUUCCCUGGAAGAAUACCGCGAAGCUACCUCUUCGGCACCGUCUCUCCUAGGCUUCGUCUUUGUCGAGACAGACCGCAAGAAUGAUGUUGAAUCUGGCGCAUCCGAUGGCUCUGGCUGGGAGCAGCCUUUGGCUGAGGUCUCAUGGCUCAAGCGUGUUGCGCUUGGCCAACCGCGCGAAGGAGAGGGCCACAGCCCCGAGGACGCAAAGUUGUGCCUUGGUAUUGUGCCUUGGGCGCCGCUGCCAAGCGGUCCUGAGGUUCUAGAGCGCUAUCUUGACCGAGUGAAAGAGGAAGCCGGCGAUGCUUGGCCUAAGAUCAAGGGGUUUCGCUACUUGCUGCAGGACAAGCCUCAUGGCACCAUGCUGGACGAUAAAUUCAUCGAGGGCGUCAAGCUUCUUGGCCGACGAGGAUUCACCUUCGAUGUUGGCAUUGAUCAGCAUCGACGUGGAAAGAAGCAGCUCGAUGAGGUGAUCGAGUUUGUUGACCGUGUUCACGAUGGUGUUCCCGAGGAGGAGAAGGUCACACUGGUGUUAAACCCCAGCUUCCACGCCUGGCGCACUGCCGUCUACACCCUCAGCAAAGACUCUCACGUCUAUAUGAAGCUCUCCGGUGGCUUCUCCGAGAUGCCUGACUCCCUACGAAACCAGGACCCCAACCAUAUCUUCGAGGCUACCCUCGGUUGGCUCGGUAUUGUCCUCGCCACCUUUGGCCCCGGCCGUAUCAUGUUUGGGAGCGACUGGCCUGUCUGCACUGUCAACACCGACAAUGCCUGGCCUAGAUGGCGCAGCAUCGUUGAUCGCAUGUGUUGGAUGGCUACGCUGAGUGAUGAAGAGCGCGCAAUGAUCUUUGGCGGUACGGCCAAGAAGGCUUAUGACCUCUGA